AGUUAAAAUCUUCUCUCCCUCACUAUCUCCAAACCAAAAAAAAUCUGGAAUUAAAAGGGUUUUCUUAUGUCAAAAUCGGGUCAGCAACAGCAACCUCACCAACAAAUGCAACAGCAACAGCAGCAACAGGGAAAAAUGAUGGUUGUACAUCAUCAAAGAACAACAACACCUGAUGGAUCACAAGUAUAUCUACUACAACCGAGUCAAAGUCAUCCACAGCAGAGACAGGUGCAAUUCAUUCCGAUUCAAGUGGCACAGGGUGAGAAGAAGCCUCAAACAGUUAUGAUGAAUCAAAUGAUGGGACAACAACAACAACAACAACCAUCAUCAUCGAAUCAACAAUCACAACAACAGGUUCAACAGCAGCAGCAGCAAGUUCAUCAGGUGCAACAAGUACAGCAACACCAAAUGCAGCAACAAAAUCAAACAGUCCAACAACAACAUUUAAUGAUGGAAACAAUUGAUCAAGUUGGAAGUGGAAUAAUUGGAAAUUCAAAUGGAAAUAAUCAACAACAACAGCAACAACAGCAGCAGCAGCAACAAAGAAGAGAUCCAAUUCCAAUUGCUCCGGCUGGAAUGGUCAGUGGACAGAGAAUGCAGCAACAACAACAACAACCGCAACAGCAACAGCAGCAUAAUAAUAAUAAUACAGGAGCAUCUACUUCUAAUGGAGGAGUUAAUGCUGCUCCUGUAAUGCCUGUUAUGGGUGGACAACAGAGAAUUACUUUAGGAAAUCUUCACUUCCAACAGGAUCCGAAUGAUCCUCAAAAAUGGAUAAUCACAAAUGAAGGACCACCAGUUGCAGGACCAUCUGCUCCAGCGAGAAAACCGAAUCAAAUCCAACAUCGUCAAAUGAUUCCACAAAUGAACGAGGAUGGAAUGAUGAAUAUGGGAAAUGAUUAUGGAGAUAUUAAUGGACAAGGACUCGGUGAAGCACCAAAAAGAUGUGCAUGCACGUGUCCAAAUUGUUUACAGCAGAAUAAUCGACAAGGAGACGGAAAAAGUCGAAUUCACAUUUGUCAUUUAUGCAACAAAACAUACGGAAAAACGUCUCAUUUGAGAGCACAUUUACGUGGACACGCUGGUAAUAAACCAUUUGCAUGUGAUUGGCAACAUUGUAAUAAGAAGUUUACAAGAAGCGACGAACUUCAACGUCAUCGACGAACCCACACUGGAGAGAAACGAUUCGCGUGUAAUCACUGUGGAAAGAAAUUCAUGAGAAGUGAUCAUUUGACAAAACACGAACGAACACAUCAAUCGAAUCGAAUUAAUAAUAUUAAUCAACAAACUCUACGACUUUCAUAGAAAUUUCAAUUUUAGUCUCAAUUUUUUCGCCUUUUUUUUGAAUUUCUUCUGAUUCUAUCGAUUCUCCUCAACUGGUUCCCCUUCUUUUUGUGUUUGCUGAAUUCUAAUUUCAGAUUGUUUUGUUUUUACUCACAAAUUUAAUUUUUCUCUGUAAUUUCCCCAAAAUCUGAAAUCAAAAACGAGUAUUUUUUUCUUUUUCUUUUUCUUCAUUUUUCUAUCUUAUUAUACGCUCAGUCAAGAGCGAGUCACGGCAACUCGGUCCAAAACCAUUUCUAAUUAGUAAACUCUCAAAAACCACAACUAAUUAGCUUAAAAUCAUUGCUAAUUAGCAAAAAUAAGCUAAUUUACAAUGGUUUUAAGCUAUUUAGUUGUGGUUUUUGAGAGUUUACUAAUUAGAAAUGGUUUUGGACCGAGUUGCCGUGACUCGCUCUUGACUGAGCGUUCACGUACUGCCAACGUGUAAUACACUCUCCCAUUUUUCCCCAUUUCAAUAAUAAUUCUCCCCCAUUUUUAUUUAAAUCCUCCCAAAAAUUGUGCUGGUAACUGAAAAAUUUGCGUUUCUGUUUUGUUUUUAUGAAAUUUUUAACCCUCGUUUUGUUUUUGUAAUUUGAGGAAAUAGUUU